AACGACAAAGUGAGGAGCACGAAACGCACAAGGACGCACAAUUUCUAAUUCGGACGAACUAUUGCGAGAAUACUCGAGCACUCGCUCGUGUUUCUUAAUGGCUGAAAUAGAAGACUCGCUACUGUAAGAGGUUAUAGAAAGUUCCGUGAGAACAUGUAAACAAAAACAGACGUAUUAGUUGUACAGUAUUUCCAGAGACGUAGACUGUUCACUUUGGUUCAUUUCUUAACCACGUUUUGUUGACAGAUAUCCCGAAAUACAAAACAGAUGUACCAAAUGCUAAACAUAGACUGUGUCUUCAUAUUUAUCCUUUAAUAAUAGAAUCUAUUUUUUCCUUAUGUGAUCUACUUUUAUUCACGUAUGAUCGAUAUUGAACAUACAUACUAAAAAUCACGACUUCAGUGUUAGCAGCUGUCACGUUGAAAUGAUUUAGAUAUGAAGAAUUCACGAGAAAUGUUAUUCCAAAAAAGACAAAUUAUUUUUUGGUACACGUGCCAUCCUCGUGGAGGCCAUUGAAGACAUCUCGAAAUGAAUGAGCAAUUCUCUACGCACGAUACAAUGUAUAUUGGGUGCGGUGUGUACGUGUAUUGACGUUUUGUACCACGUGCGCGACGCUCGAGUUGCGCCGAUGUGUCAUACGGUAUCGACAGCAAAUUGCGUAAAACGUUGUUUAUGACAAAAAUAUAAUACAUCCGUAGCAUUUAGAGGAAGUUCUCGGUGGAAUUAUCGCGGAAUCGUUCACUUAUUCGUUAAGUCAUUGAUAACCUAGAGAGUGCAAAGUUUCAUUUUACAAAUAAGAUAAUACAACAACUAGGAAUACCCGUUCGCCUUUGUAAACUUCCUCAUAUUUAUCAUAUUUUACUAUAUGCUACGUUAUAUAAUCGAUGCAAGUCAUGCAUUGUAUACAUGGUUAAUGAGGCUUUUAGAUUUAGUAUGGAGGUAUUCUGUAGCUCGACUAAUCAAAGGUAGCUCUGAGACACAUGAUUAUGUGGAAGAUGUGGUAUGCAAGCAGGAAGAUAUCAACGAAAAUGAAAUGAAAUUACUACCACUUGGAGAUGAAGGGAGCAAAAUUUUACUGAUAAAACAAAAGGGAGAAUUACAUGCAAUUGGUACCAAAUGCACGCAUUAUGGAGCACUACUAAAUACUGGUGCAUUAGGAGAUGGACGAGUGAGGUGUCCAUGGCAUGGUGCAUGUUUCAACAUCAAAACAGGUGAUAUCGAGGACUAUCCAGGACUAGAUUCCUUACCAUGCUACAAGGUUAGCGUGGAUACAGCUGGUCUUGUUCGAGUAAGAGCUAAACGUACAGAUUUGGAGAUUAACAAACGUAUGAAGGAAAUGUCCGCGCGUGAUCCUCAAAAUAAGAAAACAGUCGUGAUAGUCGGCGGAGGGCCGGCAGGUGCAGUUUGCGCAGAGACUCUACGACAGGAAGGCUUUACAGGACAAAUCGUUAUGGUGUGCAAAGAGGAUGUUGUACCGUAUGAUCGAAUCAAAGUGUCAAAAGUAUUUGAUUUCGAUAUUCAGAAAGCGGCAUUACGAUCACCUUUGUUCUACAACGAUCACGAAAUCGAAACAAAACUUGGCGUAGAAGCUAUAGGCCUAGAUACGUCUCAGAACUUUGUUAAGUUAAGUAACAACGAAGACUUGAAGUAUGAUUACUUAUUUACUUGCACAGGCGGUAAGCCAAAGAUGACGAGUCAGCCUGGAAGUAACUUGAAAAAUAUUUUUGUUAUGCGAAAUUAUACUGACUCGCAUGGCAUAAAUUCGCUACUUUCCCCGGAUAAACACGUAGUUAUAUUAGGAACGGGUUUCAUUGGGAUGGAAGCGGCAGCAGCUUGUAUCGGAAAAUGCGCAACUGUUACAGUGAUAGGGCACAAUAGCGCACCUCUAGCAACGAUAUUUGGCACGGACAUUGGCAAUAGAAUUAAAAAGGAGCAUGAAACGAAAGGCGUGAAAUUUAUCAAAAACAGUAUUAAACAGUUCAUUCCAAAAGAGGAAGGAGAUGUCUUGGCUAAAGUAGAAUUUACAGAUGGUCAAAUCUUACCAGCAGACAUAUUCAUUAUUGGAAUAGGAACCACAUUUUACACAGACUGGUUGAAAGAAUCACAUAUUCAAAUGAAUGAUAAUGGCACUAUACCAGUAAACAAGUAUCUAAGAACAAACAUAGAGAACGUGUAUGCCGGAGGUGAUAUAGCCUAUGCACCGAUAUAUGAAUGCGACGACAUAUUGGCCGCGAUAGGUCAUUAUUCUUUAGCGCAUUAUCAUGGUAAAAUUGCAGCUCUGAACAUAUGCGGCAAGGAAACUCCGCUAAGAAGCGUACCAUUUUUCUGGACAAAUUUAUUUGGCAAAAAUUAUCGAUACGCAGGUUACGGAAAGCCAACUGCCAUAAAGAUUCAUGGCUCACUAGAUAAUUUGGAAUUCUUUGCUUAUUAUCUUAAAGAUAGUAAAGUGAUAGGAAUGAGCAGCGUUAAUGCUGAUCCUGUUGUAUCAGAUUUCGCGAAUUUACUUUAUGAAGGAAAUACAUUAACAGAAGAAGAAAUUAAUACAAAUCCGUUUGGUUGGAUGAAAAACAAACCAAAGGAUGUGUCAAUGCGAUUCAAAGAUAGCAUAUUAGUAGAUCCUUGAGUUGCUUUACUAUGACAACAAUAUAACAACUUCGUAUUUUGCAACAAUGUUGCAUCAAUAUUAGAAUCAAUUUUUAAUUUGUACAUAUACAAUAUGCACUUCUUUAAAUAAAUUCAUAUAAUCUAUUC